AUGGCGGCCAGCUUCCGCGGCCGUCCUAUCCGGAGUCUUCGGAUGCGAGGUCGGAAUGACAGCGGGGAAGAGAACGUACCGCUGGAUCUGACCAGAGAACCACCAGAAAACUUCAGGGAAAUCCUUCAAAAUGUGGCCAAACCACAUGGUGUCAGUAACAUGCGAAAACUUGGCCACCUGAACAACUUUGUCAAGCUGCUAUGCAGUGUUGGGCAUCAUGAGGAAAUCUUUGGGUUUACAUACGAAGAAAUCAUUAUUUGUCUGCGACUAGCUUUACUUAAUGAGGCUAAGGAAGUGCGUGCUGCUGGGUUGCGGGCACUCCGCUACCUCAUUCGUGACACCAUUGUGCUGCAGAAAGUCCUCAAACUGCAAGUGGAUUAUUUGAUAGCAAGGUGCAUUGACAUCCAGCAGAGCAACGAAGGGGAAAGGACUCAGGGCCUGAGACUAGUCCGUAAGAUCAUCACUGUCAAUGCAAUGCUUUUCCCCACCUCUGUUGCAAACUCUCUUAUUGCUGUGGGGACUGAUGGACUACAAGAGAGGGACCGAAUGGUCCGAGCAGCCAUCGCAAUUGUUUGUGAGCUAGCCCUGAAAAACCCUGAGGUGGUCGCUAGGCGGGGAGGUCUCAGCACUAUCUUGAAGAAUGUGAUUGACUGUCAGCUAAGUCGCAUCAAUGAAGCUCUAAUCACCACCAUCCUCCAUCUUCUCAACCACCCACGUACCCGUCAGUACGUGCGCAUUGAUGUAGAAUUAGAGCAAAUCCUCGCGCCUUUCACGGAUUUUCACUACCGUCACAAUGCAGACACGGCUGAAGGUCAAAUCAAAGAGGACAAAGAGGCACGUUUCUUAUCGAGUAGGAUGGCCAUAGUGGCAGCUUUCCGCUCUUGGUCUGGGAUUAUCAACCUAUGCAGGGCUGGAAAUUCUGGAAUCCAGUCUUUAAUUGGUUUACUCAGCAUACCAAAUAUGGAAGUUAGGAAAGGCUUGUUGGAGGUGUUGUAUGAGAUAUUCAGACUCCCUGUGCCCAUCGUGACCCAAGACUUCACCGAAGCUCUUCUAAGUGUUGACCCAGGUAGAUUCCAGGACACAUGGAGACUCUCUGAUGGGUUCGUUGCUGCUGAGGCCAAAGUUAUUCUUCCCCACAGGGCUCGUUCACGACCUGAUUUGAUGGAUAACUACUUAGCAUUUGUGCUCUCUGCGUUCAUCACCAGUGGCCUGUUGGAGGGCCUUGUAGAAGUGGUGACAAGCAAUGAUGACCAACUAGCUGUCAGAGCCACCAUCAUUCUGGGCGAGCUUUUACAUAUGGCAAACACCAUCCUUCCACACACACACAGUCACCACCUGCACUGCCUUCCCACCCUCAUCAACAUGGCAGCCUCCUUUGACAUCCCACAAGAAAAAAGACUUCGGGCGAGUGCAGCUGUCAACAAUCUGAAGCGUUUCCAUGAAAGAAAAAAGAAAGGUUUUAAACCACACAGCCUCUAUUUGGACCACAUCAUCCGCAAGUCUGUGUCUUCGCAUAGCCGCAGAGAAUCACACUCACGGGUCCCAAGGGACAUUUAUGUCAUUAAGGACACAGAGGAAGCGUUGAUGAUGAAUUUACGAGAUAGUCACAUUCUCAACCACAAGCAAAACCUUGAGUGGAACUGGUUGCUCAUUGGUACAAUACUUAAGUGGCCAAAUGUAAAUCUCAGGAACAACAAAGAUGAACAGAUGCACAAGUUUGUGCGGCGGCUGCUCUACUUCUAUAAGCCUAGCAGUAAAUUGUACGCAGGGCUAGCUUUGGAUCAUGUUAAGGCAAGACAACUUACUGUGGUUGGCUGUCAGUUCGUUGAGUUCCUCAUGGAUUCGGAUGAGGAUGGCCAGGGCUACCUGGAGGACCUGGUGAGGGAUAUGGUUUCGUGGCUUUCUUCGUCCUCAGGCCUGAAGCCUGAACGCUGCCUGCAAAGUAACGGCCUGCUCACCACACUUAGCCAACACUACUUUCUUUUCUUGGGGACGCUCUCUUCACACCCUCAUGGAGUUAAACUUUUGGAGAAAUGUGGCCUGUUUCAGUGCCUGCUGAAUCUGUGCUCUGUGAAGAACCAGGACGCUGUGCUGAAGCUCGCUGUAGCCACACUAGACUACAGCAGAGAUGGUCUGGCAAGAGUUAUCCUCUCCAAGAUCCUUACUGCUGCUACUGAUACUUGCAGACUGUACGCAACCAAGCAUCUCCGAGUGCUCCUGCGAGCAGGCGUGGAAUUCUUUAGCAGCUGGGGCAUGGAACUGCUGGUUACACAGCUUCACGACCACAGCAAAGCUGUGUCCAUGGAGGCACUUGAUGUUCUGGACGAAGCCUGUGAAGACAAGGCCAACCUUCAUGCGCUCAUCCAGCUGAAACCAGCUUUGUCUCACCUGGGAGACAAAGGCCUCCUGCUGCUCCUCAGGUUCUUGUCCAUACCUAAAGGGUUUUCUUAUCUCAAUGAGAGGGGUUAUGUCAGCAAACAGCUCGAUAAAUGGCAGAAGGAAUACAACUUAAAAUAUGUAGACCUGAUAGAAGAGCAACUCAACGAAGCACUAACAACCUAUCGCAAACCUGUUGAUGGCGAUAACUACGUCAGACGCAGCAACCAAAGGUUACAAAGACCAAAUGUCUAUCUCCCUGUGCACUUGUAUGGUCAGCUAGUCCACGAUAAGACAGGCUGCCAUCUAUUAGAAACUCAGAGUAUAGUUCCUGACCUCAGCUACACUGUUCGCUCCCCAAUGCUGGACACCUGGGAGGGCAUCAAACAGCUGAAGGCUGCUCUUUGGGCUCUGGGCAACAUUGGCUCUUCAAACUGGGGCUUAAAUCUCCUCCAUGAGGAGAACGUCAUCCCUGACAUGCUUGCAUUAGCUCAGCACUGUGAGGUGUUGUCAGUACGAGGUACAUGUGUUUAUGUGCUGGGAGUGAUAUCCAAGACUAGGCAGGGGUGUGAGAUGUUGAAGCAGUACGGGUGGGAUGCAGUCAGACACAGUCGCAGAACUCUGUGGCCAGUCACUCCAGAUGAGGUUGAACCUCACUUGACCUCUGAACUAUCAUCAGUGCCAAGCACGCUCAGUCUCAACUCUGAAUCCACCAGCUCCCGUCACAACAGUGAGAGCGAGUCUCAACCAAACAUGUACAUCCUGGAUGAUGAUAAAUGUGAUGUUCUGGACCAGUCAGAUGAGUCUCCGUUCUAUAUACACUCCAAACCAGUCAAGGACCGCAGCCCCUUUACCAUCUUGGCCUCCACACGCUUUGUCCGUGCACGUUUCCUCAACUCUCUGUCCCUUCCCAGUAAGAAGUUGCGCUCCACAAGCGAUCCCAAGACCCCGACGGGCUCCCGCACACCGACUGAGUUUAAGAUGAGGCGUAACCGGACCGUGACGGAACCCUCUGCUUACAGCUCAAACCAGGGUGAGGUCUUCACCACUGUGUUAAAUGGCAGAGGAAUGCCAAAGAGUCCCACUGUCAGCCUGGAGACAUCAUUUGUCGGUACCCGGGGGGGAUCUGAGGAGCAUCUUGUAGAUGGAAAGUUGGCCAAAGGAGGAGGCUCAGGCCUAGCAUUGAGUGGUCUUGGAGGGCACAUGGAGCAUCCCUGUCGAGAACGGGAGCAGAGCAGCCGAGAGCGUCUGGCGGGAGGAGAUGGAGGCACCUCUUCUAGCGGGGGCAAUGUGGGAGGGGGAGGAAACACGGGAGGUACCCAGUUCAAAAGUCGCAGUCAGAGCUUUAACACGGACACCACGACCAGCGGUAUCAGCUCGAUGAGCUCCAGCCCAUCAAGGGAAACCGUUGGAAACCCUGAGCAUUCCGAACCUGAACCAGACUCUUCAGACUGUGUUAGCCUCAACACAGUUGUCUCAGCCAAGACUGUCAAAGCUCUGUCCCCUCUCACCCCUCAGACACAGACAAACCACAUGUCUUCAUCCAAGUCCUCCACUGUUUCUUUGGUACCACCUGGGUCCUCGCACACACUCCCCCGUCGGGCUCAAUCGCUAAAGUCACCCUCAGUGACCACCAUAAAGAGCCUAGCUGACUGCAGCUUCAUGUACACAAGCCCCAGAGACGCGUUGGGUUAUGCCACACUCAAACGGCUGCAGCAACAACGGAUACACCCGUCUUUGUCUCAUAGUGAAGCAUUGGCUUCACCUGCAAAAGAUGUACUAUUCACAGACACCAUCACUAUGAAGACAGGCAGCCUGGACUCUCGACUCACGCCUCGCAGGAUAUCAGAUAGGAGAAGUACCUGCCCAGAUUCCACCGUCUUAAGUCCGUACCGCAGACUGUCCAGAACCUUGGUGCCGCGGUUUUUGAAGGCUCUAAGUUUCGCCUCCCUGGACAAAGAGGAGCUCCUAAGUCCAAUCAACCAGAGCACCUUGCAGCGUUGUUCCUCUGUGCGCUCCAUGGUCUCCAGCGCCACCUACGGGUGCAGCGAUGACUACAUAGGACUCGCGCUGCCUCUGGACAUUAAUGAUAUGUUCCAUAUUAGAGACACAGCGUACUUUCAGCAGAGGAUAAGCCCACCAUCAGAGGAAAGGAAACGCUUUCUCUUUGGUGAUGAAAAUGGUGAUCGUCCUGCCUUGCCGGUACUGAAGCAGCAGUUCAGUAUUUCCGAGCUGAUUGUGAACAGAGGUGAUUGCCCAAACCACAUUAUAGACGCUGAUGAGACGGGACUGCAGGAUCAUACUGAGGAGAACUGCCUCUACUGUGUAGGGGCCAUUGUCCUGGGUUACCCUGCACAGCCACCGAUCAACAAUGCACGGUCCCGGACAGAUUAUUUGGACUUCCCAUCUUGGGGAGGCCAAAGCGGCCACCGUUUGGAGGUUAUGCCUCAGUCCAAGUUCUCUGGUGUGUCGGGCUGCAGCGAUUCUGCUGUGUCCCAAAGCUCCAUCUGUGGCACACCUACACCUAAUGACAUUGUCAUUGGUGGCAAGGCAAUAUCAGAGGAUGGCCCUGCCCCUCGAGUGCUGCUAAGAAAGGAGGUGCUUCGUCUCAUCAUCAACCUUAGCUCGUCUGUAGGAACCAAAGGCCAUGAAACAGGACUUCUCACGAUAAAAGAGAAGUUUCCAUAUGCAUUUGAUGACAUCUGCCUAUACUCAGAGGUGUCUCAUCUCUUAGCCCACUGCAUGUUCCGACUGACCUCCAGACGUUUCAUACAGGAGCUCUUCCAGGAUGUUCAGUUCAUGCCAAUGUACGAGGAGGCAGAGGCAAUCCUGACAAAGCUGACAAAACCUGUUGACAAGGAAGGGGAACCUCCUGAUGAAUCCUGA